AUGCCAACCAAACAGACCAGUUCUGUAUACCUUGCUCUUGGAUUCUCCAGCGAUGACAAAAUGGGUCUUGACAACGUUAUCGAAUGUUCGGCACUCACUGGCGCACAGCUCUCUAUGAAAUUCUCAUACAAUCCGGCUACGAAGAAUAUAAGGAUACCUGGAGAAGAGAACAUUCGCUCAUCGUAUUUCCAAAACGAGGUCGCAAAGUUUAGCGAUGGAGUGCUGUACUGCUCUGCUGUCGUGACGGUUAGCGGCUGGACGGAAAACACCGAGGUUUUCACUUACGACCCAAAUACAAAGUACUACCUGCUUUUGGCGACAGGACAAGCUACAGCAUCAGGUAAGUACUAA